AUGUCGAAGUAUUUGGAGGAGAUAGCGCCCGACGCGAUUGUUCCGCAUGAUACGAAAGAGGAACUUGACCAACCUCUCAAGCAUCUUGAUACUGUAAUAGCUCUAUACGACUUUCCCGGGACCCAACCAUCACAUUUACCUUUGAGUUUGGGAGAUACUAUUUAUGUUUUGACAAAAUCCGAUAGUGGAUGGUGGGACGGGGUUAUAAUAUAUGCAAAUGGUGAAAUGGGAAGAGGAUGGUUUCCAAAUAAUUACGUUCGAUUAAUUAAUUACGUUCAACCGGUGUUGAACAAGUUGAAAAGUCAUAAAGAGAUAGACUCUCUUACAGCAGCAAACACUGCGGCAAAUGUCUUGAUACCAUCCUUUACGAACUUGUUACAAAAGAAUUUGGGCGAAUCUGAGAGAAAUUCGCCUGCUAACAGUACUAGAAAAAAUUCGGUGGUGAGUUUUGCUAGUUCGGAGACCAGUAUUCCAUCAGAGCAUAAAGGCCAAACUGCAUCAAUCCUGGGUACAUCAGCUCAUAUUCCUUCAGUUACAGACACUUUGAAUUCGGUCGACUUAAGCCAGGAAGUUAUAUUUACUGACGUUGAAGAGGCAGAACGAAUAAUGGAGAAUUACAGAGCUGAACACAAAAGAAAUGUGAUGUGGCUUCCACGAUACACCACUGGUGGUGAUGUGGUAUAUUAUUGUCAUGAGUUAGACCUUUAUUGUCCAACUAUGCCAUUGGCAACUUUCAAUACAGGUAUUGACUCUUGUGCUGAUGCGGAUAUUCCUCCAAGAGAUGUCAUCUAUGAUUCUAGUAUUUUGAAACGUGAUUCCGAAUUCACUACAGUAAAUGAAAUGACGGACACGAUUUUGACCAAGGCGGACAGUGAUUCGAGUUCAAAUAAAGAUUUCGACCCAUUAAAGAGGGAGUCUAACGCAUCAUCUGUAAAUUCUCAGAGCACUUCGGCCAGUAUGUACCACCAUUUUUCUCAACCAUUAUUUUGUAUGGAUGACUUAUUUUAUUACCAACCUAGUGAUUUAAGGUCGUGGAGUGAUUUAAGAGAAAAGUUCCUUUAUUUCUUAAAUUUAUCUCACAAGGCAUUGAAGGAUUAUGACAAGCAGUUAUUCAGCACCCAUUUCUCCAGAUUAAACAAAAUUAUAUCGUUUGUCGUGAGUGCUACAAGACUAAUUCAAGAUGAUUUCGUUAGAACAAAAUACGAAAAAUCUAUAAGAAGAAAACUAAAGAGAAUUUUGAGCUCUUAUUCACAAAUAUAUUCAAAUGGACUAUUACAUUUAAGUGUAAUGUAUUAUGACAGACAUAUACCAGAAUCAAGAUUAUUUAGCUUUAAUCUUUCUAAAUUCAAAACCAGAGCUGCAAGCACAGCCCAAAACAGUCCUACAUCAUCCAUCUCGACUAUAAGGCACGAGUCGGAUGACCAUUACUUCGGUUCGAACAAUUCGUCAAAGAAGUUAUCGAGGAGUGACAGUGGUUUUAUUUCUUAUUUGCAACAAAUUGAAUUUGAGAUCGAUAACUUGAAGCACGAUAUGAAUGCAUUAAUAAAUAUACUUCUAAAGCUUAGUAUAGGAAAAAAGGUUAGGAAAAGCGAUUAUGAUGGAACUGAUCCUUCAGGUGAUGAAGGAGUGGAUCGUUACGACAUUUUACCUCAAGUAUAUCCAAGGUUUAUUGUUGACGAAUUUAAUGGUGGAAAUUGGUGUAAUCCAUUUUUUGAAAGUAAGAAUACAGUUUUAAAUGCUAGUGGAGAUGAAUUAAAAAACAGAUAUCACCUGAAAAUAAUUAUAGAUCGCGAUGCAUUUGAAACUGUCAGAAGUUAUACUGAUGAGAUGAUUAAAUUGAGUGAAGAAACAUUUGAAUAUAUCGACCCCAAAGUACAACAUAUAUAUUACAAUUUGAUUUUGAAAAAUGAAAGAAACACUCAUAUCCUCAGACUAAUAUAUAAAUAUUUAUAUUUUGCAAGUCUGAUGAUAGAUUUGAUCGAAGCAUUUGAUUUCACUGUCUUUUGCUUGAUCCAUAGAUAUACUUCGUCGGAAGAUGAUUCUGAUAAAGUCAUAAGUGAAUUAAACAAUACUUCACCAGGGCCUGAAUCAGAAAUAACCAGUAACUUAACUUUUGAUUAUCCAAUAGUCCUUGAAUUCUUUCAAUUGAAACAACAGUUUCAUGAUAUAGUUUCAAGAAUUGUAAUGGCAACACAAUCAUUGACCCUUGAAGACCCGGAUGUUUUCAAAGGAAUAAAGCAGGAUGAUCCAGUAUAUUAUGAUCGUGAUAUCCUAAAAAAUCCAAAUGAAAAGGCAGCAAUGUUAUUAACCAAUAUAUUGAUGGAAGAAAACAAUAAUGUUAAAGGUAGUUCAAUUUCUUUAAAUUGUGAUUCCUUGAUGUAUACGUAUUUAAGUGAUGGCCUUCGAUUAUUUGGAUCCCUUUUACCUAUCAUUGAGCUGUUAAUUGGAGAGAGAGAAUCAAUUUUAAAUUAUGCCACUAGAGUAAUGCAUGAUGACUUGAAUGUUCAAUUAUUAUUAAUGGAAAGAAAUAAUACUGUUUUAUCAGAAAAGUCCGAUGAGGGCCAUGCAUAUUAUACCGGAAAAAAACAAUCAGAUGCUCCUUGGUAUUUGGAAGGAGAUGAUGAGUAUGAUCUCUUAUUAGAUAUUAAAGGAAAUAUUAAAGGUGGUACGAAGCAAGCUUUAGUAGCACACUUAACACAUCAUGAUUACUUUGAUAGUAAUUUCAAUAGUGCAUUUUUAUUGACUUUUGCAACAAUGAUGCCAAUAGGUGAAUUUUUGACUUUGCUCAUAAAUAGAUUCAACUUGGAAGCUCCAGAGGGAUUAAGUUACGAGGAAUAUAAUAGAUGGAUAUCUAAGAAACAAAGUCCAAUCAGGUUAAGAGUGAUUAAUGUCAUGAAAUUAUUGAUAGAAAGAUAUUGGGCCGAAUCAUACUAUGACGAAAGUGUGCUUCGGAGGUGGCUAGCAUUUGUUCAAAGUCCUGAGAUUAAAUCAUUUUCUAUGAGUAAGGUUUUGCAGAAUCAUUUACAAAGUUUAUUAAAUCACGAGAAGAUAUGUUAUGAAAAAGAACCAAGUAUUCCUACAUCUAAACCUCCUCCACCAUUAAUCAAGGGUUAUCCAAUGAAAAAGACGAAAUUAUUAGAUAUCGACUUUAUUGAACUUGCAAGACAAUUAACUAUAAAAGAGUUUAAAUUGUAUUCCAAGAUAACGAAAUUUGAAUGCUUGACAAAAGUUUGGGGAAAUAAGUCAGGACUUCACGAGGACAUUCUAAGCAUCACGAACUUUAUUAGGACUUCCAACCAAUUGACCAAUUUUGUUGCAUACAUGAUCUUGAGGAAGCAAGAUGUGAAAAAGAGAGUUCAUAUAAUAACAUAUUUCGUACAAGUUGCAGAAAAAUGUAAGCAGUACAAUAAUUUUUCUUCAAUGACUGCCAUUAUUUCUGCAUUAUAUUCUUCACCUGUCCAUAGAUUGAAUAGAACUUGGAAGCAUGUCCCUGCUGAAGCCUUAACUAAUUUAAGAAAUAUGAAUAAGUUGAUGAAUUCCUCACGCAAUUUUAAUGAAUACAGGGAUGUAUUAAAAUUUGUUGGAUCAGAACCAUGUGUUCCAUUUUUUGGUGUCUAUUUAAGUGACUUGACGUUUGUCUAUCAUGGAAACCCUGACUACUUAAUGAAUAGAUCUAGAAUGAUAAAUUUUGCGAAGCGUUCAAAGACUUGUGAAAUUGUGACUGGAAUUGAUAGAUUCAAAUGUACAGCUUACAAUUUACAAGAAGUAAACGAUAUUCAGGAAUACCUCCUCUCUUGGUUCGACAAGUGCCCAACUAUAGAAGAACAAUAUCAAUUGUCUUUAAAUUUGGAACCUAGAAUGAAUGUCUCUGGUAAUAAUGCUGCUAACAGAAAUCAGAAAUAUUCAUCAGGUACAUUUUCAUUCGGAAAACACUAG